AUGUUCUGUGACUAUUCAGGAGGGUCAUGCAGAGAUGGUACCAGACAGGAAGAAGUGGAAGGGGAACUCAGUGAAGAAGAACGCUGGUUUGGAAAUUCUUCAGAAACUCCUUCAGAAGCAUCAUAUGGAGAAGUCCAGGAGAACUUUAAGUUGUCUCUCGAGGACAGAAUCCAAGAGCAGUCCACUUCCCCGGAUACCUCUUUGGGAAGUGCAACGCCGAGCAGCAACGCAGCGGAGCUGGGAUCCAUUGAAAAUGAGGCACUAAGAGACACGUUGCAGAGCAAAGAGCACCUUUCUCCUGAUGUGUCAUCUCUGUGUGAAGAAGAGCCUCCUGGUCCAAAUAAGCCACUGAGCAGUAACCUGAGGCGGCUCCUGGAGGCUGGCUCCCUCAAGCUGGAUGCCGCUGUUACAGUCAAUGGCAGAGUUGAGUCCCCCGUAAACCUUGGCUCGAACGUCUCCUUCUCUCCACCUGCUCAUCACGCCCAGCAGCUGAGUGUUCUUGCCAGAAAGCUCGCUGAGAAACAGGAACAAAGUGACCAAUACAAUGCAAGCAGUCACUUUAUAUGGAAUCAAGGUAAGUGGUUGCCAAACUCAACCACCACCUGUGGUUUGUCCCCUGAUUCAGCUAUCCUGAAACUGAAAGCCGCAGCCAAUGCCGUUCUGCAGGACAAAUCUUUUUCGAGGACUGAAGACCCCAUAAGAUUUGAAUCCUUUUCCUCACCUUUCAGUUCUCAGUCAGCCAGCUCCACGUUAGCAGCUUUAUCUAAGAAAGUGAGUGAAAGAAGCAUGACUCCUGGGCAGGAGCACCCGCCUCCGGCGAGUUCUUUCCUUUCUCUGGCUUCCAUGACCUCUUCAGCUGCCCUUCUCAAGGAGGUUGCUGCAAGGGCUGCAGGCACCCUCUUGGCUGAGAAGAAGAAGUCGCUGGUUCCCGAGGAUCCCCUGCAGCUUUCGGAGAUGAAACAAGAGAAAGCAACUCCGCCACAGUCUUUGGAAUUAUUGUUACUACCAGUCCCUAAGGGAAGAGCAUCCAAACCCACUAGUACAGCCUCAGAAGAGGAAGGGGGAAAACCUUUCCAGUGUCCGAUCUGUGGUUUGGUUAUCAAGAGGAAGAGUUACUGGAAACGGCACAUGGUGAUUCACACAGGUUUGAAGAGUCAUCAGUGCCCACUCUGUCCAUUUCGCUGUGCACGCAAGGACAAUCUCAAGUCACACAUGAAGGUUCAUCAGCACCAAGACAGGGGCGAGACCUUUCAAUGCCAGCUUUGCCCUUUUACCUCCUCCCGCCACUUCAGCCUGAAACUCCAUAUGCGUUGCCAUCAACAUUUCCUCAGGACAGAAUCUAAAGUGAAGGAGGAAAUACCAGAAACUGAGGUGAAGGGGUCACCACAGCUAAACAGUGACUCCUGCCCGGGACCACAGAGGGAAGGAGGUGGACCUGACCUCACGGGAUCAGCAUCUGUAUCUAAAACACCUGAUGUGGCUGGGCAGCCUGGUGGGGGUGUUCCACCUUUACUGGUGAAAGAAGAGCCCAAAGACGACAGUGGUGUCUCAGCUGCACCUUUUGCUCUUAGCACUGUUGACAGAGCCCCCAACAACACAAAGCUGAAAGACUCCUCUGACUUUGUGGCCAACACAGCAUCAGCACUAUUCAGCCAAGACAUCUCUGUCAAGAUGGCAUCAGAUUUUCUUAUGAAGCUGUCAGCUGCAAAUCAAAAAGAGCCUUUGACUCCUAAUUUUAAAGUGAAAGAGGAGCCUAAGGAUGAGGAAGCUGCAAGUUCAGCCGUGUCUCAGUCCAGCUAUGUGUUCAGCCAAGAAUCUGAAGCCUCAGCUCCAAACAUCCCUGAGGAGAAACUCAAGCCACAGGAAGCACAGGCAAAUGUGAUGAGGCAGGACAUGUCAGUCAAGGCAGCGUCUGAGCUCCUCAUGAAGCUCUCAGCUGAGAGUUUCAAGGAAACCCAGAUGGUAAAGAUAAAGGAAGAACCAAUGGAAGUUGACAUUCAUGACUCGCAGGCUUCAGCGUCCCCCAGCCAACCCAGCCAAAAUGUUGGCUACAGCACUUUAUUAGGGAGAGACAUUAGUGAACGGAUACAGAAGGCACCAGAAGGCCGUGUGCUCCCAGAAAGAAAUCUGUUCAGCCAAGAUAUAUCAGUGAAGAUGGCAUCUGAGCUGCUCUUCCAGUUAUCAGAAAAGGUGAGCAAAGAGCACAACCACAAUAAAGACAACACCAUCAGAACUACAGCCAGCCCUUUCUUUUCUGAAGACACAUUUAGACAAUCACCAUUCACUUCCAACUCAAAAGAUCUCCUGCCUAAUGAAACUACUCUUCAUGGAAGGACGUCUGCAUCAGAAACGGAAAAGCUGGGGCUGGAGGUGGGGAAUGGAUUGCCGUCUUGGAAAUUUAACGACCAGCUCUUUCCCUGCGACGUGUGUGGAAAAGUGUUUGGUCGACAGCAGACUCUGUCCCGGCAUCUCUCACUGCACACAGAAGAGAGAAAAUACAAAUGCCACUUGUGCCCCUAUGCUGCUAAGUGCCGUGCUAACCUGAACCAGCACCUGACUGUGCACUCCGUGAAGCUGGUGAGCACAGACACCGAGGACAUCGUCAGCGCUGUCACGUCCGAAGGCAGCGACGGGAAGAAGCACCCUUAUUACUACAGCUGUCAUGUGUGUGGGUUUGAGACGGAGAUGAAUGUCCAGUUUGUCAGUCAUAUGUCCCUCCACGUGGAUAAAGAGCAGUGGAUGUUCUCCAUUUGCUGCACAGCAUGCGAUUUUGUCACUAUGGAAGAGGCAGAUAUGAAGGCUCAUGUCAACAACAAGCACACAGGAGUAAAAUUGGGAAAACAGAGGGGUGGAGAAAGAGAAGGGAGAGAAGAAUGCAAUUGGUUGUGUUCAAAGAUACCUGAAGAGAGGAAGACACCCAGUGAAUCUAACAGUCCAUCUUCAUCUUCGCUGUCAGCACUGAGCGACUCUGCCAACAGCAAGGAAGAUGCAGAUAUAACCCCAAAAAACAAGGGGUCAAACAACCUGCUAGUCAUUUCUGUAGUGCCUGGUAGUCAGACCUCAGUGAACGCUGAAGAGAAGUCAGAGAAAGGCUUUGAAUGUGUUUUCUGUAACUUUGUCUGCAAAACAAAAAACAUGUUUGAGCGUCACCUGCAAAUCCACCUGAUCACACGGAUGUUCGAGUGUGACGUGUGCCACAAGUUCAUGAAGACACCUGAACAAUUACUGGAGCACAAGAAAUGCCACACUGUCCCCACCGGUGGGCUCAAGUGCCCAUUCUGCAUCUACUCCACAAACCGCCCCGCAGCGAUGGAGUGCCACCUGAAGACUCACUACAAGAUGGAGUACAAGUGUCGGAUCUGCCAGACAGUGAAAGCAAAUCAGCUGGAGCUGGAGAUGCACAUCCGGGAACACCGCCUUGGCAACCAUUACAAGUGUGACCAGUGUGGGUACCUGUCCAAGACGGCCAACAAGCUGAUCGAGCACGUGCGUGUCCACACCGGCGAGCGCCCUUUUCACUGUGACCAGUGCAGCUACAGCUGCAAACGCAAAGACAAUCUCAACUUGCACAAGAAACUGAAGCAUGCUCCACGCCAGACUUUCAGCUGCGACGAGUGCCUGUUCAAGACUACCCACCCUUUUGUCUUCAGCCGCCACGUGAAGAAGCACCAGAACGGGGACUGCUCCGAAGAGGAGAAGAAGGGCCAGUAUUCAACCUCCAAGGAAGCCAGUCCUCUCCUACCGGUGAACAGCUCCAGAAACCUUCUGUCACCCCUCUCAGUUAUGUCUGCCUCCCAGGCUCUGCAAACAGUCGCUAUGUCAGCUGCACAGGGCAGCGGGGCAGAGCCGAACUUGGCAGUGAAAGCCUUGGCCGUCAAUGGCACUUCCCUGUGCUUUGAUAAAUACUGGAACUCAGAGUUUGCCCACCUUAUUCCUUUAACAAUGUUUUUCCCCAAAAACCACUACGAUCUCACAUUCCAUCCGCCCCGACCUCAGACUGCACCGGGAGGUGCCUCUUCACCUAAACACUCCUUCCUUGCCUACCUUGGACUAACAGAAAGGGCAGAAACUGUCUGAGGGCAGUUGCAUUCUGUACCAAAAAUACCCCAACAAACCCAGCAGGUACACAUGGCUGCAAAAUGUAGACCGAAGAGGUAACGAACACUUGUACUAUAUCGUUAGUAAGGUUUAGCAAAUGGCUCUGUGUAUAUACUUAUUGCAUUGACAUGAAAGCUGCUUUAUUAAAUCUCCAAGAGGUGACCUACUGCAUACUUCUACCUUCAGAGGCAUGUUCCCAGUACUCUUAUCUAAGAAACUAUUUUGUCUUGUUAAGCUGAAAAAAAAAAGAGUGUCCUUAAUGGCAAUCAGCACUUGUAAGAUUACAUAUUGAUGCAUUUUAUUUUUUGGGCUUUGUGUGCGUGCGGGUGCGUGAAAAGAGAGUCUGCCUGUAGUGUGCCAUGACAUUGCUUUUGCACAUCCCUUGGAUUGGCUUAUUUAAUUAUUAUUCUUUUCCCCCUUUUCACACACUCGCUCCCUCCCUUUUCCCUGUUUCCUCCUGAACUGUGGAGUUGUGGAAGAAGCAAUUGUUUGGGUCGGGGGGGGGAAUUGGUAUAUUAUUUCAGUGCUGUUUGCAGCUUCCUUUAGUUGUUUGAUGCCUUGUACUCAGUUGUCAAGGUUUGAGGAUUUGGGGUAGAACUGACGAGGAAAAGGUUGCUUUCAGCGCUGCAGGAUGAGAGUAUGACAAUGAAAACCAUGCGUAUGUACACACAUACACACAGCAGGCCCAAUUCUUAACUGCUACACAGGUGUGACAAACACCUGCAUCUGGGCCAUAGCAUACAUCUUUUGUUUUAAAAGGGCAUAUAAAUAUUAUAUAUAUAUAUAUAUAUACUGUAUUAUGCAGUGGUUACCUUUUAGUUUGCAGGAAACAACUUGUAUAACUAGAAAUCUAUGGUGGGAAAAAAUCCAACAAGGGGAUUUAAAAAAGGGUAUGGAUAAAUUCUGGGUAUAAAUACUCAGACUAAAAAAAAAAAAGGCAGUUUUGCACAGUGCUUUAGUCUUGCACUAGUUUGUUUCUCACUUGCAAAAAAAAAAGAAAAAAAGAAAAAACAAAUUGUGGGCUGAAGGUAAUAAGACUGUUUAUUUGAAAAGGUACCAGUAACUUCUUUAAAAUAUAAAGCUAUAAAAAGACGCUUUUGGAACCAUACAGUUCUCUUUUAUACCCUCAGUAUUUCAAUUGUACUUGCAAAUUUGACAGUCCUAUUGCUACCCUCCAUGUCAUUAGUAAUAUUUUAUUCCUUUUUGUUAAUGGCAGAUAGAGUGUACACUGCUAGGAAGCUAACUUUGUACUUAUUUAAUGCUCCUACUUGUGGUCAUUAAAAUGACAUGUUAUAUGUAGCACUUUAUUGCAGGAAGAAGCGAAUGCGGAUUGGUUGUAUAACCUUCGUUAAUCUCAAAAUGCCAAGAGUGAUCUUAAUUUAAGAGCAGCUAACUGACUGUUAAUUGAUUUGUGCCCCUUACACAACGUAAUGUGCCGGAAGAAAGACUGGGAUUAAAAACACUCUGCAUUAAAAUUGGAGGUAUAAAAUGUGAAGCAUUUCAAAAUUAUCCUAUGACUUACAGGAAUGCCUUCUUACUCAAUUAUUGUUUUCCACGGUGUCUCUCGGAUUUGGAUCUCACUGUCUUUUACCAGGUAUCAGAAGUGUCCGACCUAGCUUUUGCUAGAGUCCCCUCGCUGUCCCUUGGCCAAGCCACUGUAGGAGGUGCCCUGAGUCACAUCUGUCAUGCUAUCUACCCACCCUCGUGCUGCCCUGAAGGAACUUCUCUGGCAGGUUGUUGUGGGUUGGGGGGAUCCAACAACCCCUUGUUCGUGACAGCAGUACAGCAACGCCCUAGUUCAGGAAGGCAUUUCUUGUCCACAAGGGCUCUUAGCCAUAUGCACAACUAGAAACGUAACUCAAUCUUCAUUAGUUCUUAAAUGAAGCUUGUGUAGAAACUUUUUGGAUGCAAAACUUGCAUCACUUAACCUAUUUGCAAGAUUCCUACAUCUGUUUUGUAUUGAGAUGGCCAAACAUUCUCCACUGUCAUGACCAAGUUCCUCCUGUUUGGGGAGGACACCCUAAUCUGUGCCCUCCUGUUAACAUACUGGAAGCUAUUUACAAGGGGGAAAUAUCUAAAAUCAUAGCAGCUUAUCAUUUGGAAAUAUUAAUUCCAGGACAGAGAAGUCUCACCAGUUUAUUUACAUUCCAGCAGGCAGUUUUGGUUCCAACAAGCAUGUGGCGGUUCUGUCUACACAGUACAGAAAACCCAUCUGCUCCAAAGUAUGUAUAAACCUUUGUCAACAACUGUGCUUUACUCCAUCAGAACUCCUGGUAACACCUCUCCAGGAGCAGAGACAAAAUAGAAAAUACCGUAUUAGUAAAUACUCAAAGCAUAAAAAGUGUAAUAUCUCUGCAGCAUGAAAUCUGCAAUCUGCAUCCAGAAACUAUACCAGUUCUGUAAAACACACUCCAUGCGUGUAUCUCUGACCUCAUCACAGAAAAGCAAACACUCAAAAAUCAAAAAAGACUUGUUUGUCAAACUGACAGGUAAAGUACACCUGUCCAGGAGGAAGCAGGAAUAUUAGUAGGACACUUGAUAUAAACCAAAAGGCAGUUUAAAUAGGGCUGGAACUUCCAGGAAUGAGCUGUCAGCGUGCACGUGUCACCAGUGUUCCACUGUACCAGUAUCUGACAUGGUAAUGUUUAGUGUACCUGGGAAAUUUGUUUAGCACUUUGGAAAGGAUAAAUUAAUUCUUUCUGGCAAGUUAUAGAAGUUUUCUUUGUAAGGAAAAGUGUGUUAGGAGGUUUUUAUUUUUUUAAGAAAAUAAAUACACUAUUUAUCAGAGCUCAUGCAUAUUAAAAUAAUUUGUUUGCAGUUCAAGGCUAAAGAAAGGAAUGUUCUCCAGAGGUUCCCCCUACUGAUUAAUGACCAACAGUUCUGAUAAAUUCCCCCCACCAUAAAGGUAAUUUCAUACUGGUUUUCACUAUGCAUUCUUUAAUGAGAGCUAGCGUGUUUUUCCAUUCAGUAAUUCAGUUAAAGUUCUCAGCACUUUUUUCUUUCUUCUGUCCUUUUUUUUUUUACUUGUUGUAUUAUGUUCAAAUAUCAUUCUGUCAAGGUUUGUGUACAUUAAUAAAAAUUUGUAUUGUAUAAAGCUUUUUGCAUUAUAAGGCUGUACAGGGUCAUUUUGACAGUAACUGGUAUAUUUCUUUGCAUCUUAUGUUGCAUUGCCAAUUUCUAGUGUAUCCAGUUUGGAAGUACAAUAUACUCUAAUUAAAAAGGUUG